AUGUGGUUUAAAUUUUUCAGCAAAUAAUCAUGGAAUCUUAGAAUCUGGAGAAAAUGUAACCUUAAAUUUAAUUAAGAUGAUUAAGGUAUGCUUAGACACAAAGGUAUUGGAAGAUACACAGAUUUCUUAUUUAGAAUGGUUAGAAACGAAGGACCUAUUAGAGGAUCAAUGUUCUUUAUUGGGUUCGGUCUUGCUUCUUCAGUAGGUUAUGUAUUUAAUAAUUAUAUUGAUCCAUAUUUUUUUGAAUCUGGUAGAAUAUAAGCUGCCAUCGAUUUAAAAUAAAAUGAUGAACAAGCAGUAUCAAAAUUAUUUUUCAAUAGAUUCGGUGCGCCUUCUAGGCCUCUUAGAAGUUUAGAAGAUAUGAUUGCAUUUUUGAGUGGUUCAGUUACUUAUGAUUAACUUGCUGAUUUCACUUCAUAUAGUCAUGCAAUGGAUGUAAAUGCUGAUUAAUAAGCCGGUCUUGAUUCUUGGAUGAGUCAAAAUGAUCUAAAUAUGCUUAAAUAUUAUUAAAAAUCAAUUGGAAAAAAAGUAGAAGGAAUUUGAAUUAUAUAAGAAUAAAAAUAUAUUCAUAGUACAAAUUGUUCUUUUUUACAUUUAUAUUUUAAAAAGGAAAAUAAUAAAUUUAAAAAAAUACUUUAUAUCUUUUUUUAUUAAAUAAAAAUAAAAAAGAUCCAUUU